GGGGGCGUGGCCUUGUGGGAAAUGUAGUCCAACGCGCGGAGCGCGGCGGCGUCCGCCAGUGGGCUGUUCAGACUCCUUUGGCUACCAGGGUAUUUUGGUUUUGUUGCGGCAGGAGUCUCUCAUGGCUCCCUUUCCUUCCCUCAGCUCCACCUCUAGAGUCUGCACAUUCUCUAGGAAGGACCCACAGGAGGAAAGAAGGCGGUGGCAGCUGGGCCUCUGCCCCUGGGAGCUCAAGGUCUCCUUAUGCAGUCCAGCCUGCUCUGAACUCAUGAUCCUCCCGCCUCAGUCUUCUGAGUGCUGGGAUUUCAGUUUCAGGAGUCAGUGACGUUCAAGGACGUGCCUGUGGACUUCACUUGGGAGGAGUGGAUGCAGCUAGAUUCUGCUCAGAAGCCCCUGUAUGAGAAGGUGAUACUGGAGGACUACAGGAACCUGGUCUCCCUGGCAGGGCAUCAGCUUUCCAAACCAAAUGUGAUAUCUCAGCUGGAAGAAGACGAACUGAGCCUCAGGAAAAAAGAGCUCCCAGGGUGCAUCUCUCUGGGCUGGAAGACAAGACUUGAAACCAAAGAGUCAACUCCAAAGCCCAACAUUACUGAAGAUUUGCCCAAUGGGAUCAUAAUGGAAAGGGAAGAUUUGUGGCAUUCAACUUUAGAGGAUGCCUGGAAACCUGCUUGUUGGUUAGAGGGCCAGCAGAGAAGACAUCUAGGCCAAGUGGUAGUUGCCCGAAAAGAAUCACUCAAUGAUGAGAGAGUAUGUGGAGGUAAUAAAGCUGAAAAAUGUUCCAUUGAAAGUUCCAUGCUUGAUACACUACAAAACAUUUCUAUGGCAAAAAGGCACCAUAAUUGGAACUCACAUGGAAAAGAUUCCAAACAAAAUUCUGAGUUAAUGAAAACUCAAAGAAUGUUUGUAGGAAAGAAAAUCUAUGCAUGUGAUGAGUGUGGGAAAACCUUCAGUCAGAGUUCAUCCCUUCUUAAGCACCAGAGGAUUCAUACUGGGGAGAAACCCUAUAAAUGCAGUGUAUGUGGCAAGCACUUUAUUGAGCGCUCCUCCCUCACUGUUCAUCAAAGAAUUCACACUGGAGAAAAACCCUACAAAUGUAAUGAGUGUGGAAAAGCCUUCAGUCAGAGUAUGAACCUUACUGUUCAUCAAAGAACUCAUACUGGAGAGAAACCUUAUCAGUGCAGAGAGUGUGGAAAAGCUUUCCGUAAGAAUUCAUCUCUUAUUCAACAUGAAAGGAUUCAUACUGGGGAGAAGCCCUACAAAUGUGAUGAAUGUGGGAAAGCUUUUACACAAAGCAUGAAUCUUACAGUGCAUCAGAGAACUCAUACAGGAGAAAAACCCUAUGAAUGUAAUGAGUGUGGAAAGGCAUUUAGUCAAAGCAUGCAUCUUAUUGUUCAUCAGAGAAGUCAUACUGGAGAAAAACCCUAUGAGUGCAGUGAAUGUGGAAAAGCCUUCAGUAAGAGCUCAACUCUUACCCUACAUCAGCGAAAUCACACUGGCGAAAAACCCUACAAAUGUAACAAAUGUGGCAAAUCCUUUAGUCAAAGCACAUACCUUAUAGAACAUCAGAGACUUCACUCUGGAGUGAAACCUUUUGAAUGUAACCAGUGUGGAAAAGCUUUUAGUAAGAAUUCUUCUCUUACUCAGCAUCGGAGAAUUCACACUGGAGAGAAACCUUAUGAGUGUAUGGUAUGUGGAAAGCAUUUCACUGGACGAUCAUCCCUUACUGUACAUCAGGUUAUUCACACUGGAGAGAAACCUUAUGAAUGCAAUGAAUGUGGGAAGGCCUUUAGCCAGAGUGCCUACCUUAUUGAACAUCAAAGAAUUCAUACUGGUGAAAAGCCCUAUGAAUGUGAUCAGUGUGGAAAAGCUUUCAUUAAGAAUUCGUCCCUUAUAGUGCAUCAGAGAACACAUACAGGAGAGAAACCCUAUCAGUGUAAUGAAUGUGGAAAAGCUUUCAGUCGUAGUACAAACCUUACAAGACAUCAGAGGACUCACACCUGAGAAGUUUUUAUUGGUCCCAUCAUCUUAGUUAAUUCUUUGAUAAUCAGAUAAGUUAUAUUAAUUUGAUACUUAACAAGUAUAAUAUGGGAAGCCUUUAGUUGAAGUGCAAUAUAACAUCAAAUAACAAAACCAUAGCAGAGAGACCACUGAAAGUGGAGAAUGCUUGACUCUGAAGUUAAAACUUUGUAUCAGGCUUCAGAAGCUCAUAUAUACAUGAUGAAGAUUUAUUCUGAAAAAUCCUAUUGAUUCAUACUGGAGUUUCUGAUUUGGGAUUCACAGACUUCACACUGGAGGGAGAAUGACAGUGUUUAACUGGAUAGCCCAAAAAUCUGGAAUGUAGUUCCGACCUCCCACAGACUUGAUCAAGUCACAGUGCCCUUAUCUAAUAAGUGAGCGAUUUCGGAUUUGGAAGGCCACUAGAAUCCCUAUGAACUAGAAUGCCUAAAAACAUGAUGCAAGGAAGUUUUGGUCUUUUCUCUGUUACAAAUACUGCCUAGGUGCUUCUGUUACGCAUCUGGUUUUCUUGGAUGUUUUGAGUCAAAAUUCUCUACCUCUACUAAUUCCUAUUAUCCUGCAAGUCCUCCCAUUCCCUGAAUUACUUUCUCUCCUAAUAUAUAGGCUGGUUGCUAUCAGGCAUCAGAUGAAUUGCACAGACUUUAAUGCUACAGCAUGCUGUUUUGGAUUCUCAGUUCAUAGUCAUUAAACUGUUGUUAAAUAAACUAUUUAUAUUUAGAUGACAAUGUAACUUAAAUGUAAUCUUUAAGUACUUAAUAAAUACAUAUCUUU